AUGAGUACCAUUGUCGAAAUGCCCCUUCCCCACUCCGAGUCGGCCUCGGAAAAGAACUGGCUGCGUGCCCGUCUCACCGAAGACGUUCGCAAGCUCACCUCCGCCGCUGCGCGGCUCCGAAUCCACAAGAGGAAGAAGGAGGGAAAGAAGCAGCUGAAGCAGGAGCUGAACAACGAUGAGCUCCCUGCAGAACGCGAUGAUAAAUCAGAGACCUCCCUCCAUGCGAUCCCGAGCGGCGCCAAGACUCUACCCAACCAGCCCCAACUACCCACCACCACCACCACCACCUCAACGACCUCGCUGAAGACAGUCGCGAAGGUCCCCGACAGACGAUACUCGCUCUCUGACCUGCUCCGCUGCCUCGGGACCUACGUUCAGAAGCACUGCACCCACCUCAGUACCAUCCCCUCAGCCUCCGACGUAGCGAUGUGGGUCCGGUGUGCAGAUCGCGCCCUCCAACUGAACGGGUGGACCGUCAACUGUUUCCUACUGGAAUCGCACGUCGUGUUCACCUACAUGCUCCUGUCCCGCGCCUUCCAGCAGUUCCGCAUCUCAUCGCUCGUGGACGUGAAAGAGCUCGUGCUCAUGUGCCUCUACGUCUCGUACACGUACAAUGCCAACGAAAUCAGCUACCCGCUUCGGCCGUUCCUCGUCAAGCAGGACCGCGUCGGUUUCUGGGAUAAAUGCACGACGCUCUCCCUCUCCGCAUCCUCCUCUAUGCUGAGAAUCAACCGAGACCGCAUGUACUACGAGCACCUUCUCACAAAGCUCAAGGCGGCCACCUCACUGGAGUAA